AUGACAUCCGAAGCAUCACCCUCUGUGGAUUGGAAUUUAAAUCCAGCCCUCUUUCAUGCUUUGGACGAUGUCCACACUCGCUUUUUGCUCAAUCUUCCACCAUCGGAAUUGGCUUCGGCCGACCGCAUCUUUUUUCAAUUGGAACAAGCUUGGUGGUUUUACGAAGACAUGUUGGUGGACAACAACAACAACAACAAUGGCAAUGGCAAUGAUGAAUCGGAAGAAACGACGCAACUAUUGCCUCGCUUUUCCACCUUGAAACCCUUUGCCAAAUUGCUCUUUGAUUUCUCACCCCUCUUUCCCAACAAGGAGGAUGCCUUUCAGGACAUGUGGCAUCAAUUCAGUUUGUACAAGCGCAAGAUUAGUACGUAUGGGACUAUAUUGCUAAACAAGUCGGGGACGCACAUCAUCAUGUGUCAAACUUGGAAGGGAGAGACUUGGACCUUUCCAGCUGGAAAGAUCAAUCAAGGUGAAUCUGGAAUUCAAGCGGCGGCCCGUGAAACCUAUGAAGAGACGGGCUUUGAUCCGCAUUGCUUGUUUGGUCUCACCAAAGAAUGGCUCGAAACGGAUCCCAGCAAGGUAACUUGGAAACAUCCAUUGCCCGAGGGCAAGUCGGCCUUUUCGUACGAAGAACCAUCCACUGGAAAACGACGCACCUGUUACAUUUGUCAUGGAGUUCCAGAUGAUUUUGACUUUGCGCCGGUCGCUCGAAAGGAAGUCUCGGACAUUCAAUGGUUUCCCAUCAGUUUGCAAAAGGAUGAUACGACUGGUUUCCCCAAGAAAACCUUUGCCGUCCUUCCAUUCAUGGGACGAUUGAAAUCUUGGAUUCGACGCAACGUCAAAGAUCGUCCCAAGAGCAGACCCAACAGCCGUCCGAAAUCCAAUGGCCGUGACAAAUCCAGUGGUCGGAGCAAAUCCAAUAUCCGAAAGGCUGGCCAACAACCACGUGCCAAUAGCUUUGAUGAUCCGUUGGUCGCUGCCGGACUGGCACAAGUCGGCGAAGAAAAGAGAUGGACGGCCGAAGAAAUGUUCAAGGUCAAUGCGGCCUUGACGGGCAAGGAGGUCCAGUAUGAUGGAAAUCCUCACGUCUUUUCCGAACAAGGGUUUCAAGGAGUUGAUCCCCAUGCCUUUCGAGUCGUCGGUGGUUCCUUCAUGAAUACGAGUGAAGGAUUGAGUGACAAACUUGUGGACGAACGACAACAACACUAUCAACCAUUGGUAAAUGUGGACGGGGAGUCGGCACUCAAACCAUUUUUUAGUGACGAAGGAGCGACACCAUGGGGAGAUGUCGUGGAAGAAGCCAAACAAGGAGAUGGGACUAACCCUCCACCGUCGUCGUCUUCCAAAAAGGGAAAAAAUAAGAACAAAAAGAAAAACAGCAAGCAACAACAACAACAACAACCAUCGCAACAAGACUUGGGACAAUCAUUGUUGUCCAAAUUACAAGGUACAUCAUCAUCAUCAUCAGGCUCUACUUUUAUUAAUGAACAACAAUACCACCAACAAGGAGAUCCAUUGGACAUUUUGACAGAUGCCCACAUUACCCAACGAUCGCAACAGGAAAAACUCAAGCAUCAAAAGUACUUGGAAGAUCAGGCUUACAUCAACAAUUGGGUCUCCAAUUUGCCACAACCAAAGCAUCAACAAUAUCGGAUUCACGUCAAUAUUGAUGACAUUCUGGCCAAAUUCAGUACGUCCUAA